AUGACUAUAUUCAAAAAGAAAAUGAGCAACGGGGAGGUUCCAAACCAACGGAGAGAUAAUGACAAAUGCGAUGUCCAUGUUCCGUUCACACCUCUAAAAUGUCAGUCACCAGGAAAACUGGAUUAUGUCACCAGAGAGAGGAAAAUUAAGCCAGACUGUGUCUUGGAGUACAACAAGAAGAUGGGAGCAGUUGACAAAGUGGACAUGCAGAACAGUUUUGUUGAGUGUGCCAGAAAGUCCCUCAAGUUGUACAAGAAGCUAUUUUUCCACCUAAUAGACAGAGCUCUCCUCAACGGCCACACUGUCCACCGGCAAGUCACAGGACAGGUGAUCUCGUACCAGCAGUACAGGAUAAAUAAAGUGAUGCGGCAGCUCCUUGAGGACCACCACACUCCUCGUCAUCCAUCCACUGGGGGGUUUAUUGAAAUCUAUGACUUGAGGUGUUUGAUGCGUGGUGGAUGA